CUCAGAAGUACAUGAAAAAAUCUCUACUGUGAUUAAAUUUACCUGAUUUGAGUGGAAUGAAAUGUAAAUUCUCAAUGGGGAGGAAAAGACUGAGAUACCAUUUUCGUUGUUUGUCUGAUAUUGUUUAUUCUUAUAAACGUCAUCAAUCUUCGCAGCUUGUGGACGUAGAGGAAGAAUUUCUCCAUGCUGCCGAGUUUGGGGAUAUUCCGUCGGUCAAAAGAAUACUGGACCAGACCCCCGAGAUGAAUGUGGACUGUAUUGAUGCCCUAGGGAGAACAGCCCUGCGUCUGGCCGUCAAAAAUGAGCAUCUAGAGGUAGUGGAGGUCCUUCUGGACCGGUCAAGCGGUCGCCAUAUUUACGAGGCCGUCCUACAGGCCAUUAGUGCUGGACACAUCCAAAUUGCAGAAACCAUUCUCAAACACCAAAGAUACUUGGAAAUGUGGAAAGAGAGAAAGAAACUAGGAGACGAUGACCACUUCUUUAAAACCAGCUUUGAGGAAUCCCAGUUUUCACCCGAUAUUACGCCACUUAUUUUGGCAGCCCAGAAGAAUCAGUAUGAGAUUGUCCAAUUAUUGCUUCUUAGAGGGGAGAUUAUCCAAAAACCUCACAAAUUUAGGUGUGCUUGUCAAGAAUGCACAAACAAGAUGAAAUUUGACAUGUUGCGGUCUGCCAAAUAUCGUCUCAAUGCAUACAGAGGUCUAGCUAGUGAAGCUUACAUUUCAUUGUCCAGCAAAGACCCAAUUUUAACAGCAUUUGAACUUGGUUCAGAAUUGAAGAGUUUGUCCAGAGUAGAGAAGUACUUCAAGAAAGAAUACAAGGACUUGGCGGAACAGCUGAGUGAGUACACAGUGAAGUUACUGGACCGUGUGCGCACGCAACAGGAACUAGAAAUCAUUCUAAACAAAGCAGGAAAGCCACGCUUCAACCAUUAUGAGAGUUUAGCCAGAUUCAAACUUGCACUUUUCUACAAAGAGAAAAAAUUUGUGGCUCAUCCCAGCUGCCAACAGAAACUGAUGAAGUCGUGGUACUAUGGUAUGGGGUCCCUGGAGCGGGCUAGCUGGCCCAAGAGAAUCCUUAUGUUUAUUCUCUUCAUGCUGUCCUAUCCAUUCCUUGUUCUUGUGUAUCUCCUCUUCCCAAAAUGGAAG